AUGUUUUUUCUUUUCUUAAUAAAUAAUAUAAAAAAGGGUUUAUCAUAAGAACUAAGAGAAAAAGUGUUAUAAAUUUUUAAAAAAAUCGAUGUAGAUGGUUCAUAGUCAAUAGAUAAAGCCGAAACAGCAAAAUAUUGGAAAUCAAACUUUGCAAAAAUAAAUACAAACGAAUUAUUUAGAGCCGUAGAUUUUGAUAAUUCAGGUAAGAUUACAUAAGAUGAAUGGAUGUGUUUUUGGGAAAUAGUUAAAAAAAGUGGGCAUACCGAAAAAGAAAUUUAAGAAGAAUUAUAAAAUUUACAAGAUGGAAAAGCCUGGGUGAAAUUUGCUAAAGUAGAAUUAUUUGUUUAACGAGAUUUAAAAAAAUAAAAAAGCACAAUUUAAUAAAUUAUGGAUGUUGAAAAAAAGAAAGUCUAUAAACAAAGUUAAUAUUUUUUUUUUAUUUUUUAACAAUUUUUUUUUUAAAAAAUAAAAUAAAAUAAAAGAUACUAAUGA